UUUUUUUAAGUACUAAAACAUCUGCAACUCUAAACCUUAAUUGAUUGAUGAUCACAGGAAAUAUGAACACAUUUCUUAUAAAUUUAGGGUUUAUAAUGCUGUUCCUCGUCAGCGGAUCUGGAGCAUUCCUUUCGUGGAUUUUUGGAGGAAGUUCGGAGCGGAACGAGGAGCCGAUAUCGCCCGAGACCACUGGGGCAGCUGUUAGGCCCGUCCCGUUUGAAAUGAAGUCGGCGGACGAAAAGUUUUUGAUGACGGGAAGUCAACUCAUGGCUGGACUAUCUGAGCUAGAUGUUUGUCACCACACUGUGAUCUAUGAACUGAAAGGAUCUUGCAAUGAGAUGUCGGAGGAGGAGCUUGCUAAGCUUGGGGUGCAGUUACUCAACUGUCAAUCUGCAGCAGAGGGACGUCCAACCUAUAAAUGCACAAAGGAUAUGACAGUUGCUGAGUGCACUAAGAGUAUGGACCCUAACACAUGGAAUGCCUAUCACAUCGUGAGCAACAGAGCAAGGUCCGUCUGCUAUUCUGUGAGGCAGCAACAGUUUCAGAGACAGACUCGGUUAGCUGUUAAUCAAUUAGCAAUGAGUGCUGAGGGACAGCUACAUCUCAUGCAAGAUCUCAAGACCGGUCAAGAGGACCUGAAUGCCAUGGCAACAGAUACCUUCCACACCAUCUCUGAGGGUCAAGAGAAGCUGGUCAAGACCCAGGAGAUGAUUGGUAACUCACAGUCCAGACUGCGUUUGUCCGUUGAGAGUAACAUGCGGGACCUUACAAGAGAAAAGGCUCUAAUUGCAGCGGGACAUCAAGAACUAGCUGCUAUGACUAAUAACAUCAAGAAGCAGUUAGAUGAAGCCACUCAUCAGUUACUAGAACAGGACAUCCAUCAGGCCAAUAAACACCAGGAAGUCUUAGAAGAUCUGUCCAGUCUUAGUCUCUUAGCCAAGGAUGUUUGGAACAAACUUGAUCAUAACAUGGAGUACAUGCACAUCUACCAGGAGGAGACGGCUCAUCAUUACCAGCAGACGAUGGACAACCUGAAGAAGAUGAAUAAUACUAUUCAGUAUCUACUACAUGUGAUGGAAGAGAUGCAAGAUGAGAUUAACCAACAACUAGGUUGGGUUACAAAACUACUAACAUGGACAGGUGAGAACAUGUCACUGCUUGUCACCUGUGUCCUACAUACAUGUUAUUUCUUCUUGGCUGCUGUACUGUGCUCCUUUCUCAACACACCAACCUUCUCACGCUUUGUGCUCCUGCUGGUCGUACCCCUCAAUGCUGCAGCUGAGAUCAGGCAGGGUACCAGUCUGGAUUUUCCAUCCCUCUCCUUCUUCAUUAUAUCAGUUGUUGCAGCUAAUUGGCUUGCACUAUGGCUAUCUGCAUGUAAACAUAGAAGGCGUGCUCCAUUGAGCCCUCGUACCCUAUACCUACCGGAUAUAUCACGCAUCAAUGGAUCCCCAACACGAGAUUUGACCUAUGAACCCCAUAGCUUCAGUGACUCUGAUUCUGGUUUGUCAAGCAACAAGAGACUUCACUCGACAGGAUAUGCAAGUAUUCUGACAGCCGAAUCCUCCAGAGAUAUCACAAGCCUACUCGGAAGCACAAGGCAUCAAUCCACUUCUGAUUACACUGCUGAUGGAUUAGACAAUGAUCAAGAUGAUGAUUUGGAUGCGUUCAGCAGUGACCAGGAUGAUGAUACGAUCAACCAAACAACAAACAGGACAUUGACUGUAGCCAAUAUCAGUGUGACAACUGACACAACCCCAGAGCCAACUCCCAUGCCGAAUGAAAUGUCUUCAUCGGGAAACCUGAAGGACUUUGGCACGCUGACCAGCAGUGCAGCCAAGAGGCACCUCGGAAAGGCUCUCGAACAGGUGAAGGCAGCUACCCCAGGACUGCAGUCAAGGAAGCGUAGAGAGGGCACCCCUUCAAGCUCACGAUCAUCAUCACCAAACCGUCGUUCUUGCAAUGCAAUUACCAAGGCAGGGAUCGGUUGUCGGCUGCCAUGCGUUGGCCAAGAAGUCUACUGCCAUAGACAUCUAGUAUCUCAUGGCAGUGCUGCCAACACACCAGUUAAGACACAAUGAGAGGACUAUCUCGUUUCAAGGUUUUCCAACAGCAGAGGCUUGUUAAAUUAUUGUGUGAUAACAGCUUAGCAAUGCUUUAUUACAAUGUAAAUAGAUAUCAAGCAAUGAAAUCAAGUGUUUGCAUGCAGUCUAGUUGGUGUUUCAUAAUGCUGUAUGUAAGUAACAUUACAAUAAAACAAAUUAUGUAAGACUGGUAUCCCUUUCUCUCGAGCUAAAUCAACACAAAUCGUCUCCUUCCCGCAGAAAGGCGGUUAAUGUAUUUUGACGCCAAAAAUCAAAAUUUGUUUUAUUGCUGAAAUGGAAAAGCAUGUCAUGAACUUUCUUCUGGUACCAUUCUCGAACCUGAAUGUGACGUCAUGACGUAAUAAGAAAAAAACAUCCCCACGUGCUAUAGCACAAAGACGCAUCUUUAGUCUGGGAAUAAGACGCUUCUCGUUCAACAAGCGUGCGUGCAUAGACCGAUUUGUGCUUGCGGCCUUUCUGCGGUCACUGCAUCCGCGGAUUGCGUAUUUUUCUUCCAGGAAAAAGGGUGUAAGGUAUUCCUUCUUAAGAUUAAAAAGCAUUUAGAGUGUUUUGAAUAAAACAAACUAAAUAUCAAUGAAGAAAACAUCUUGCUUUGACAGAAAGUAUGAGAAUUAGGACAGAAAAUAACACACUAGGUGCUUAAAGCACAAAAAUUAGGUCAAAACAUAAUU